AUGGAUGAGGACGCACCCAAACAGUCCAAACCCCUGGAUGACGAAGAUAUAAACAUCUUGAAAUCUUACGGAUCUGGACCGUAUUCAAAAAGCAUCAAGAAGGUUGAAUCCGACAUAAGCGGGUUAGUAACUAGCAUUAACAAGCUCUGCGGAGUGAGAGAAAGUGACACAGGAUUAUGUCUACCGAACCAAUGGGACCUACAGUUAGAUAAACAGAUGAUGAAUGAAGAACAACCACUCCAAGUAGCUAGAUGUACAAAAAUUAUCAAUGCAGACACAGACCAAACAAAGUACAUUAUUAACGUUAAACAGAUAGCGAAAUUCGUGGUAGGGUUAGGAGAUAAGGUUGCACCAAGUGAUAUAGAAGAAGGGAUGAGAGUAGGGGUAGAUAGAACCAAAUACAAAAUUCAAAUUCUGCUACCUCCAAAGAUAGAUCCUACAGUCACUAUGAUGACAGUGGAAGAGAAGCCAGAUAUUACCUACAACGAUAUUGGGGGGUGUAAAGAACAGUUAGAAAAGUUAAGAGAAGUGGUAGAAAUGCCUUUGCUACAACCAGAAAGAUUUGUAACAUUAGGAAUAGAUCCCCCUAAAGGGGUUCUACUGUAUGGUCCCCCAGGUACGGGGAAGACCCUAACUGCUAGAGCUAUCGCCAAUCGAACAGAUGCUUGUUUCAUAUGUGUUAUUGGUUCCGAACUUGUGCAGAAAUAUGUUGGUGAAGGUGCUAGAAUGGUGAGAGAAUUAUUUCAAAUGGCUAAGUCGAAAAAAGCAUGUAUCCUAUUUAUUGAUGAAGUAGAUGCAAUAGGAGGUUCUAGAGGAGAUGAAAGUGCACAUGGGGAUCAUGAAGUACAAAGAACCAUGUUAGAAAUUGUAAAUCAGCUAGAUGGAUUCGAUAACAGAGGUAAUAUCAAAGUACUAAUGGCUACGAAUAGGCCCGACACGUUAGAUAGUGCAUUAGUUCGACCUGGUAGAAUCGAUAGAAAGAUAGAAUUCAGUUUACCUGACCUUGAAGGUAGAACCCAUAUUUUUAAGAUUCACGCGAAUACUAUGAAUAUGAGCAGAGAUGUUCGAUUUGAGCUGCUGGCUAGACUAUGCCCCAACAGCACUGGCUCUGAUAUUAGAAGUGUCUGCACGGAGGCAGGUAUGUUUGCCAUCAGAGCCAGAAGAAAAACCAUCACCGAGAAGGACCUUUUGCUCGCAAUAAACAAAGUUAUACAUGGUUGCAAGCAAUUUUCGGCCACGGGAAAAUAUAUGGUGUACAAUUAG